AUGGCUGACCGCGCUUCUCCGCGCAUUUUACAAUCGAAGCGUUCUCCAAGUCCUUUUACCUUCUUCUUCUCUCCUUCACAAACACUCAAAGGUCAGCCGUUGAUAGGCCUUGCCCCCGAUCACCAUGCACAUUCCCACUGCCUAUGGACAGCAAGCAGGUCCUUAGUCGUUUGCUCCCACAUUCCCUCUGGUACAGUAGUUUCUAUGGACCAACAAAACCACGGCACGUCGCUAUCACGGUUUGGUUCAAGUUUCAGUAGGGCAUCACAACUAUUUGCGCGAUGCUGGGGAAUGUCAACGAUCACAUGGUGCCGGGGUGCCAUCUUUUUGACUGCACAUCAAUGA